AUGUCGGGUUCGCCCGGAUACAGGGGACCUCCCCCGUCAGGACCUUCCUCCAUGAGGGGCCCACCUCCUGGCAUGCCGCCCUCAGCCGUCGCUUCCGUCUCUUCAUCGUACCGCGACCCUGCCGUACUUACGCCAGGGCAGCUCCAAGCCAAAGCACGCAAAUGGCAGCAGACCCAGAGCCGUCGCUUCGGCGACCGCAGAGGCAAGACCGGCUUUGUAGACACAGGCAAGCAGGAGAUGCCACCCGAAGUGCUUCGCAAAAUUAUCAAGGAGCAUGGUGACAUGACUAACCGCAAAUAUCGACAGGACAAGCGUGUUCAUCUCGGUGCGCUCAAGUACCUCCCGCAUGCAAUGAUGAAGGUUCUCGAAAACAUCCCGAUGCCUUGGGAGCAGAUUCGCGAGGUGCCCGUCCUCUACCACAUCACCGGUGCCAUCACCUUCCUCAACGAGACACCCAAGGUCAUCGAACCUGUCUUUCACGCUCAGUGGGCAACCAUGUGGAUUGCCAUGCGAAGGGAGAAGCGUGAUCGACGACACUUCAAGCGCAUGCGCUUCCCACCCUUCGAUGACGAAGAACCUGUUGUCGACUACUCGGACAACUUGCUCGAUGUAGAGCCUUUGGAGGCAAUUCAGCUUGAGCUUGACCAAGAGGAAGACGGUGCAGUCAUCGACUGGUUCUACGAUCACAAGCCACUCAUCGACAACCGCAAGCACCUCAAUGGCUCAUCAUAUCGAUUCUGGAACCUCGACUUGCCUCAAAUGGCGACAUUGCAUCGACUUGGACGCACACUACUCAGCGAUCGCAACACCUCUGGCGAUCGCAACUCUUUCUACCUCUUCGACAAGAAGGCUUUCUUCACAGCAAAGGCGCUCAACAUGGCCAUCCCCGGUGGUCCCAAGUUCGAGCCUCUAUUCAAAGAUACCGAUGGUUUCGAUGACGACCUUACCGACUUUACCGACUUCCGAAAACUCAUCAUCCGCCAGCAAAUUCGUACCGAAUACCGUGUUGCUUUUCCACACCUCUACAACAGCAGGCCCCGUGCAGUUCACAUCGGCACCUACCACGAGCCAAAGAAUGUCUACAUUCGCUCAGACGAGAUUGACCAGGCUUUCUACUUUGACCCCGCCAUCAACCCCAUCUCCGGUCGCACAUUAGCUAGCAGCAAUGCCUUUCGAUCAGAGUACGACGAUGCCACACCGGUGCUCAGCCACGAGGAUCAAGUAUUUGGUCCCGAUGUCGAGGGCGAUGACGAGCUCCCAGAUGAGAUCGCAUUCUCACUACCAGAAGAGAUCGAACCGUUCCUUGAGGAUGCCCCUCUUGAGAACGAUUUGACCGCAGAUGCGAUCGCACUCUGGUGGGCGCCAAAACCAUAUUCGCUUCGCAGUGGACGAACACGUCGUGCUGUCGAUGUUCCAUUGAUUCAGCCAUGGUAUCUCGAGCACUGCCCACCCAACCAGCCGGUCAAGGUCCGUGUCAGUUAUCAGAAGUUGCUCAAGAACUACGUCUACAACAGUCUCCACACCACCAAACAAAAGGUGCACAAGCGCACCAACUUGCUCCGCGAGCUCAACAAUACCAAGUUCUUCCAGAACACCUCGAUCGACUGGCUCGAGGCAGGUCUGCAGGUCGCCAAGCAAUCCUUCAACAUGAUGAACCUUCUCAUCCACCGAAAAGGCGCCUCCUACCUCCACCUCGAUUACAACAUGAACCUCAAGCCCACCAAGACGCUCACCACCAAAGAGCGCAAGAAGAGUCGAUUCGGUAACGCCUUCCACUUGGUGCGAGAGCUGAGUCGUGUCAUGAAGCUCGUUGUGGACGCUCACGUUCAGUUCCGUCUCGGGUCCAUCGAUGCCUUCCAACUCGCGGAUGGCUUGCAGUAUCUCUUCAACCACGUUGCAACCCUGUCGGGUAUCUAUCGAUACAAGUACCGGUCCAUGCGUCAGAUCCGCGCCUGUAAGGAUCUCAAGCACGUCAUCUACUACCGCUUCAAUGCAGCAGGUGUCGGCAAGGGUCCUGGUGUUGGUUUCUGGGCGCCAUCAUGGCGUGUAUGGAUCUUCUUCUUGCGAGGCAUCGUGCCCUUGCUCGAGAGAUGGCUCGGAAACUUGCUGGCCCGUCAGUUCGAAGGACGAGCCGGUCGCACCGGUGCGCAGUCCAUCACCAAGCAGCGUGUCGAAUCGGCGAUGGAUCUCGAGCUGCGAGCGAGUGUCAUGCACGACAUCCUCGACGCCAUGCCAGAAGGUAUGCGUCAGAACAAGAUCAAGACCAUCAUGAGCCAUCUCCAAGAGGCUUGGCGAGCCUGUCGCAGCAAUACUCCAUGGAGCCCCAACCUUCCCGCUCCUAUCGAGAACCUUAUCUUACGAUACGUCAAGCAAAAGUUCGACUGGUGGACGUCGGUGGCGCACCAACAGCGUGCACGAAUCGCGCGCGGUGCCACCGUCGACAAGACGGCAGUUCGCAAGAACCAGGGUCGUUUGACUCGUCUCUUCUUGCGUGCCGAGCAGGAGCGUCAGGCCGACUAUCUAAAGAGUGGUCCUUACAUUACCUCUGAAGUUGGUGUUGCCGCCUUCACAGCCACUGUGCAGUGGCUCGAAGCUCGUCGAUUCAGCCCAAUCCCCUUCCCAAGUCUCAACAACAAGCACGAUGUUAAGCAUCUCGUCCUAGCGCUAGACUCGCUCAAGGAAGCUUACUCAGUCAAAGGGCGUCUUAACCAAAGUCAGCGUGAGGAGCUUGCCUUGAUCGAGCAGGCCUUCGACAACCCACACGAGACACUUGCGCGAAUCAAGCGAUUGAUGCUGACCCAGCGUGCUUUCAAAGAGGCUGGCUUCGAAUUCUUCGACACGUUCAACAAGCUCACGCCCACCUACGACAUUGAGCCCAUUGAGAAGAUCACCGACGCCUACCUCAGCCAAUACCUCUCCUACGAAGCUGACAAACGUCAGCUCUUCCCUGCAUGGAUCAAGCCCAGCGACUCGGAGCCAGCGCCGCUGCUCGUGUACAAGUGGUGCAACGGUAUCAACAAUGCACACGAGAUCUGGGACACAUCCGAGGGCCAGUGUAACGUGCUCAUGGAGACGACGCUCAGCAAGGUCUUUGAGAAGAUCGACUUGACGCUGCUCAAUCGACUUUUGCGACUCAUCAUGGAUCAUAACUUGGCCGACUACAUCACUGCCAAAAACAACAUUUCGAUCGUCUUCAAGGAUAUGUCGCACGUCAACUCGUACGGCCUCAUCCGGGGCCUGCAGUUCAGCGCGUUUGUCUUCCAGUACUAUGGCUUGGUGCUCGACUUGCUCAUUCUCGGCUUGCAGCGUGCUAACGAGAUGGCAGGACCGCCCAACAUGCCCAACGGUCUGUUCCAGUUCCAGAACACUGCCACCGAGACUCGCCACCCUGUUCGCCUGUACACUCGUUACAUCGACCGCAUCCACAUCCUCUACCGCUUCACUGCCGAAGAGGCUCGUGAUUUGGUGCAGCGCUAUCUCACUGCCAACCCGGAUCCGAACAACAGCAACGUCAUUGGCUACAACAAUCGCAAGUGCUGGCCUCGUGAUGCUCGAAUGCGACUCGUCAAGCACGAUGUUAACCUCGGUCGUGCGGUCUUCUGGACUGUUAAGAAUAGCUUGCCGCGCUCCUUGACGACGAUCGAAUGGGAAGACACGUUCUGCUCGGUCUACAGCAAGGACAACCCGAAUCUUCUAUUCUCCAUGCUUGGCUUCGAAGUGCGUAUCUUGCCCAAGAUUCGACAGGAGGAUGUCGACGUGGCACGCGAUGGUGUCUGGCCGCUCAUCCAGGCGAGCUCAGGUGAGCGCACAUCGACAGCAUUCCUGCGCGUCUCAGAAGAGGGUAUUGCCAAUUUCAGCAACCGUGUUCGUGCUUUGCUCAUGUCGGCUGGUGCAGCACCGUUCAGUAAGAUUGCCAAUAAGUGGAACACCUGUUUGAUUGCCUUGAUGACUUACUACCGCGAAGCUGUAGUCAACACCGAGGACAUGCUUGAUCUGCUGGUGCGCAGCGAGAACAAAGUCAUCAACCGCAUCAAGUCAGGUGUAAACAGUAAGAUGCCUUCUCGUUGGCCCAUUCACAUUCUCGCUUCGCCCAAGGAGCUUGGUGGCCUCGGCAUGCUUUCUAUGGGACACGUGCUUAUUCCAGCAUCGGAUCUCAAGUACUCGAGGCAGACGACGACAGGAAUUACACACUUCCGUGCAGGUCUGUCGAACCAAGAGGACCAGCUUUUGCCAGCGCUCUACCGAUACAUCACGCCGUGGGCCUCCGAAUUCGAGGACUCGGCGCGAGUCUGGCAAGAGUAUGCACAGAAGCGUAAGGAAGCCAACGAGCAGAACAGGCGUUUGACGCUCGAGGAUCUCGAAGACUCUUUCCACCGCGGUCUGCCCCGUAUCGCAACGCUCUUCCAGAAGGAUCGCACCAUCUUGUCCUACGACAAGCUCUGGCGUGUACGACAGGAGUUUAAGAAAUAUCAGAUCGCCAAAGCACAGCCCUUCGCAUGGACCAACCAGCGUCACGACGGUAAGCUGCACAACCUCAAUCAGCUUCGUACCGACACCAUCGCAGCUCUUGGCGGUGUCGAGACAAUUCUUGAACACUCGCUUUUCGCGGCUACAGGUCACCCGACAUGGGAAGGUCUGUUCUGGGAGAAAUCGUCUUCGUUCGAGGAGAGCAUGCAGCAGAAGCGUCUAACCAACGCGCAGCGAUCCGGUCUUUCGCAGAUUCCUAACCGUCGAUUCACCUUGUGGUGGUCGCCGACGUUGAACCGUAGUAGUGUUUACAUCGGCUUCCAGGUUCAGCUCGAUUUGUGCGGUGUCUUGAUGUCGGGUAAGAUGCCUUCGCUCAAGAUCUCGUACAUCCAACUGUUCCGUGCUCAUUUGUGGCAGAAGAUCCACGAGUCGGUGGUGAUGGACUUGUGUCAGGUGUUCGACCAGGAGCUCGAGGCACUAUCGAUCGAGACGGUGCAGAAGGAGACUAUUCACCCGCGAAAGUCGUACAGGUUGACAGCGUCGAGUUCCGAUAUCCUGCUUUUCGCCAGCUACAAGUGGCCGAUGUCCAGGCCAUCUUUGUUGACCGACUCGCGGGACGUCAUGGAUGGUUCGAGUGGCAACAAAUGGUGGGUCGACGUGCAGCUACGAUGGGGCGACUACGACUCGCACGAUAUCGAACGGUACUGUCGAGCCAAGUUUCUCGACUACACUAGCGACAACACUUCGAUCUAUCCGUCAGCUACCGGUGCGCUGGUGGGUAUCGACCUGGCGUACAACAUUCACUCUGCGUACGGUAUCUGGUUCCCGGGUAGCAAGCCGCUCAUUCAGCAGGCAAUGGCAAAGAUCAUGAAGGCCAAUCCUGCGCUCUACGUCUUGCGUGAGCGUGUACGUAAGAGUUUGCAGCUGUACAGUUCUGAGCCAACGGAGCCGUAUCUCAACUCGAACAACUAUGCGGAGCUGUUCAGCAAUCAGAUCAUCUGGUUUGUUGACGAUACCAAUGUCUACCGAGUUACGAUCCACCGUACGUUCGAGGGUAACUUGGUGACUAAGCCCAUCAACGGUGCUAUUAUCAUUCUCAACCCAAGAACUGGGCAGCUUUUCCUCAAGAUUAUUCACACGUCGGUUUGGGCUGGACAGAAGCGUCUGGGUCAGUUGGCAAAGUGGAAAACGGCGGAGGAGACCAUCGCCUUGGUGCGCAGUUUGCCGGUUGAAGAGCAGCCCAAGCGAAUCAUCGUUUCGAGGAAAGGUAUGUUGGAUCCUUUGGAGACGCACUCGCUCGACUUCCCCAACUUGUCAAUUGUUGGUUCAGAGUUGCAGUUGCCUUUCCAGUCUUUCCUCAAGCUCGAGGCGAUCGGCGACUUGGUUUUGAAAGCGACUCAGCCGCAAAUGGUGCUCUACUCGUCGUACGAUAAUUGGAUGUCGAACGUUAGCAGCUUCACUGCGUUCUCUCGGCUCAUUCUGCUGUUGCGAUCGCUGCACGUCAACCAGGAGAAGGCAAAGAUCAUCUUGCGUCCUCAUCCGGGUGUCAUUACUGAGCCACACCAUCUCUGGCCAACGCUGACGGAUGAAGAGUGGAUCAAGGUCGAGAUUCAACUGCGUGAUUUGAUCUUGGCUGAUUUCGGUAAAAGGAACAACGUUAAUGUUAACUCGUUGACUUCGUCCGAGAUCCGGGAUAUUAUCUUGGGUAUGACGAUUCAGGCUCCAUCGGUGCAGCGUCAGCAGAUGGCGGAGUUGGAGAAGACGGCUGAAGCAGCACAGCAAGUGACCGCGACACAGACACGGACGGUCAACGUGCACGGUGAAGAGAUUCAGACGGUCACGACGACGCAGUACGAGAACAAGGUGUUUAGUUCCAAAUCCGAUUGGAGGGUACGGGCGCUUUCGGCGACGAAUCUUCCGUUGCGUUGCCAGCAUCUCUAUGUCUCGAAUGACGAUAUCAAGGAUGAUGUUGGUUCGCUUACGUAUGUUAUGCCGAAGAACAUCUUGAAGACGUUCAUUGUGAAUGCGGAUUUGCGAACGCAGGUUGCUGGGUAUAUGUAUGGUGUUUCGCCACCAGACGCACCUAGUAUCAAAGAGAUCAAGGUGAUUGUUUGGGUUCCUCAACGUGGUUCAAACCAUCGUGUUGAACUUCCUGACGAUCUGCCCCAACACGACUUCAUCUUGAAGGACCUCGAACCACUCGGUUGGAUCAAAACCUCAUCCAUCGACCUUGCCCACCUUCCCCCGCAAGACGUCGCUCAACACGCACGUACAAUGGCAGCUCACACCUCUUGGGGAGCCUCCACGAUCUGCAUCACCUGUGCUUUUACUCCUGGCUCUGUCUCUCUCUCAGCCUACAACUUGACCGUGGCUGGGUUUGAAUGGGGUAGAAAGGCAACCGAUACAGAGAUCGCUGCUGGUGGAGGACGCAAUUUCAACGCGGGGACGAUGAUGGACCGGGUUCAGUUGUUGUUGAGUGAUAGGAUUUUGGGUACUACCUUGACGCCGAGUGAAGGAGCAUGGAAUUAUGGGUUGAGUCUGUCAGCGCAGUGGACGAGCAGUAUCAAGUAUCGAGUGGUGUUGGAUAGACCAGCUGGAUUUUGGGAUCAAGUUCAUAGGCCGCAGAACUUUUUGACUUUCACGAAUGCAGUUGAGGAGGCAACGACUGAUGCUGGGGAGGUGGCUGAUAUUCAGGAUGCCUUUGCCUAG